AUUAAUACUCCACUGUUUUGCUUUGUUGUUGGCUGUUUGGACAUUUUGGUGGCUGAAAUUGCUCCCUGGACGUUGCUACACCCUCUCAAUACUCUUAAGCAAGGAAUCAACACUUCAAAUCAAUGCUUUGAGGGACUAAACCGUGGCUGUCCAGAGCCUUGUGCAAGUAGACAUUUCAUCAAACAGCAACAAUGCUAUUGGAGGUCUUCAACAAUUUUUUGUGGUUGUUGCCUUACCAUGUCUGCAGGUUCCAGCCGUGCUUCAUUUCAUGGUGAUAGCCCCCAUGGAAGUCCUUCUAGCAAGUUUGAUGUGAUGAAGGCUUUCCAACAAAUGCAACAUCAACUUGAUGCUAUGAGCAAGCGGUUAGACGCGGACACAAAGGCUAAAGGGAAGCAAUCUCAUGGUCAUGAUCAUGGUUUCUACAAGAAGAAGCAAGAAGCUAGAACUAUAAAUGUAUACCUUCCUUCACCAAAGAAGCAUCAAGAAGAUAAAGCUAUGGACCAAGGCCUUACACUACCAAAGUUGAAUUUGCCUACUUUCAAAGGAGAAGCCGAGCCGUUUAUUUUUCUAGAUUGGAUAGCUAAAGUAGACCAAAUUUUUGAUUGGUAUAGUGUAAAUGGACCUUUGCGUGUAAAGUUAGCUUGUUUAGCUUUAGAGGGAUACGCCAAACAAUGGCUAAAUAGGAGAUACUUAACCAUGGCCUCACCCGCGAGUACAUGGGAACAUUGCAGGGACAUUUUGUACCAAUUUUCGUACCUCCAUACUACCAUAGGGACCUCUUGAUUAAGCUCCAACAGCUUACUCAAGGUAGACGAAGUGUGGAGGAGUAUGCUCGCGAGCUCAAAGUGCUCCUAUAUCAUACUAACACUAAAGAAAAUGAUCAUGCAAAAAUAGUUAGAUUUAUUAGUGGACUUAAUAGAAACAUCCAAGAUGUUUUGAAACUCCAUGAUGAUGAGACUUUAGAUGUAGUGGUUCAUAGGGCCAUGAAAGUUGAGAAGAAACUCUUGCAAAAAGAGGCUUUUCACAACAAAAUUUCAAAAGAUGUUUUCUACAAAUCUUCAUCAUCAAAGGAUAAAGCUAAGAAUGUUUCUAAGGAACCUAUUAACAAAUCUUGUCCUCAUUCUUUUUUUAACCAUUCUUCUUCUAACCAUUCCUCCUUCCCAUCUAAAUCUCCUUCUAGACCUAGCCAUAUUAAGUGUUUUAAAUGUUUAGGGCAUGGUCAUAUAGCAUCUUCUUGUCCUAAUAAAAGGGUAGUGUGCAUUAGGGAAGAAGAAGUUGUCAUUAAUGAGUCUACCUCUUCCUCACCUACACACACUUAUAGCUCUUCUUCCUCACCAAGUGAAGAAAAAGAGAAGGUUAUGCUUCAUUGUUUAAAUAAGGACAUUCAAGAUAACCAAGAGGAGAUAGUAAAAGAAGAACAUGAGAGAAAAGAAAAAGAGGAGAAAGCAAGCAAAGAAAAAGAAGAAAUUGUGAGAGAAAAGGAGAAGGCAAAUGUCCUAAUCACAAAGGAAGUGUUAUUGCAGGCACCUUCCCCUCCCAUCAUAGAUGGGGCAACAAUGAAGAGUUUUCAAAGUGACAGCAAGCAUAAAAAGAGUAGAAUAGAUUUCAUAGGCUUGUAUUUGCCUCUUUGUUUCUUUCUCUUAGUUCUUGUGAAUAAACGCUUAUAAACUCUUCUUUCUCUUUAAGAGCAAGCAAUGUGGGACUAUCCAUGGCUUGAUCUUAAAAAGAAGAGAAGAGAAAGUGAGCAUUCUAGGCGUGUAGGAGUUAGUAGCAUAGCUAGUUUUCAUAUUUUGAACUAUAGGAGAACUAGUUGCCUUAUAAACCCUUUGGAGUGGAGAGAAUUGAGCAAUGUGGGACUCAAAAGUCCCUAGAAGACCUGCAGCAGCUGCUGGACGGACUACACCCUCAAAAGUCCCACAUCUCCUAGAUCUUGCAUCUUAGAUCACUCCAAAGGUUAUAUAAGAAGGCUUAGGGGUCUCCUUUUUGUACACCUUACCUUGAUUCAAUGAAUUUGAGUUGAUUUGCACUUUUGCAAUCCUCUUUGAGAUAGAAUUCUGUCUCUAAAGUCCCAAAUUUGGGCAGACCUUAUCUUGUUCAAGCAAGUGGCGGUCCUCCUCUUGAUGCUUAUCUUGGAAGCUUGUUCAAGUGGCGCAUCUUCAAUUCCUAUGUUUCCUUUUCCUUAAUCUCUUCCAUUUUUAAUUUCUUUCCCAUUCUCUUAAAUGUCAUUUAGUAUAUUCUCUCUAGGUAUGCACUUCCCCAUCAGGAAGUCAUCACGCAUUCACAAGAUACUUAUUUGAUAUACACUAAUGCUCUAAUGCCUUAACUGCUUUGAUAUGAUUGUUGGUUACUUUGAAUUGUUUUGAUGAUUUUUCGAGACAAACCUCACAGACUAUCCUAUGCGGAGUACACCUUUUUUAAAAUUCUAUAAAGACUACUCCAACAUAU